AACGCAAUCAAAGAUGCUUGUGUUUGUAUUGUGCAACUAUUGCUAUUGUUUUGUCUAAGAGUUGCAGUUUGGCAGUUAAACGUCUUUUCUUCUCUUCUCUGCAUCGAUUUUCAGAUCCAAAGUUUCUCGCGAUACGAGGAAGCAAUGUCAGAGGCUGAGGUUGGCGAUGUGAAGCAAAAAGAGGAGGUUGGUGAUGAUUCUUCUAAGAACGAAGUUGACUGUGAAAAAUCUGUGGAUAAUCGGAACGCUGACAACCCCAUGCCCUCGUCCGAGGAGGAGGAACAAGCUAUUAAGAAGAAGUAUGGGGGGAUGCUGCCAAAGAAGCCUCCACUAAUAUCCAAGGAUCAUGAACGUGCUUACUUUGAUUCUGCUGAUUGGGCUUUGGGGAAGCAAGGAGCACAAAAGCCUAAAGGACCACUUGAAGCACUCCGCCCAAAGUUGCAGCCAACACAACAGCACGCUCGUUCAAGACGCUCAGCUUAUGCUCCAGCAGAUGAUAGUGAAGGUGAAGGCGGCCACAGUAAUACAUCAACAGAAGAAGAGAGUGCCACUGAAGAUGUUGGUGGUGAUGCUCCUCAGGACCAAAGCAGCCGUUAGUAGCAUAGGUUUGACCUAUAAUUUUCCAUUUUGACACAGUGAUUAGAGUUGCUUGUGCUAAAAAACUAGAAGUUGGGGUUUUGAAGCAGUCGUAUAUGAAUUAGAUAUAACUCUUCGCAAGUAUGGGAUUAUAUUAGAUGACGUGCUAGAAUUGCAUUGAGAGAUCUUGAUCUCUACAUUCAUUUGCGAAGGCACGAUUGUGCCAUUUGUAACAUUUGACAUCUUACAAAAUAUAAUCAUCUGCAAUAAGAUUGGAUGUGAAACUUGACAAUAA